UGUGGUUCCAAUGAAAAAAAUGGGUAAAGAAUUCCAUUCAAAUCUCCCCAUAUUUCUCGAUCCUCAAAACCCCAAUUCUUUCUCUUUCUCUUUCUCUUUCCCCCCCAAAAUUGUUGUAUUGUAUGUUCCACAAUCCCAUGGCCUCUUCUUUAAUCCUAGUUUUGUUGGUGUCUCCUUCCCCAAACUCCCUCCCCCCCAUCGCCUCUGGCCGGGUCCUUCAAUAACCUUGGAGGACCCCGUGUCCUCCUUCCCCUUCCUUCCCCCCACCCGCCCAUUUCCAUCGAACUGCUUUUCUUCUUCUUCUUCUUCGAAUCCCCUGUGCUCCUUGAUUCUUCUGCUCUUUUUUGGGCUCUGUUUUUGUUUUGUUUUUUUUGUAUUAUUUUUUGUUUGUUUCCAGAUUUGAAGAAAGGAGUCUGAAAAGUCAGGAACAAUGAGCUGCUUUCCGUGUUUCUCGUCUCAGAAGAGCAAGAAAGGAAUCGAUAAGAACGGCAAUGACAAUGCUUCCUCAUCCUCCUCCGGCCACCGCACUCCUCCUCCGCCCCCCAAGUCCCCUGAGACUACCACACCGAAGCCUCCUGAGGAAGUCAAGGACAAACCACAAGAAGGUGAAAAAAUAGAUGCCCAAAGCUUCACUUUCCGGGAGCUAGCCACUGCUACAAAGAAUUUCCGUCAGGAAUGUCUUUUGGGCGAAGGUGGAUUUGGGAAAGUCUUUAAGGCUACCCUACAAAGUGGCCAGGUGGUGGCUGUGAAGCAGCUGGAUAGAAAUGGGCUACAAGGAAACAAGGAUUUUCUUGGUGAGGUCAACGAAUUGAGCCUUCUAAGCCAUCCAAAUCUUGUGAAGUUCAAUGGAUAUUGUGCAGAUGGAGAUCAAAGGAUUUUGGUCUAUGAAUAUAUGCCAGGAGGUUCUUUGGAAGAUCGUCUCUUUGACAUAAAAGAGGAUCAAAAGCCAUUGGAUUGGUUUGUUCGUAUAAAGAUAGCAUCAGGAGUUGCAAAAGGAUUGGAAUACCUGCAUGAUCAAGCAGAUCCUCCCAUAAUAUUUCGUGAUUUGAAGUCAUCAAACAUCUUGCUAGACGAGGAUUUCAAUCCAAAGCUUUCUGAUUUCGGGCUCGCAAAGCUCGGCUCUGGCGGUGAUAAGUCACCGUUGCCAUCGAGGGUCAUGGGCACCUAUGGCUACUCUGCUCCUGAAUACACAAGUGGUGGACAACUCACUUCCAAGUCUGAUAUUUACAGCUUUGGAGUUGUGAUGCUUGAACUCAUUACCGGAAGAAAAGCCGUUGACACUACAAAGCCACAUAACGAGCAGAAUCUUGUUACUUGGGCACAGCCAUUUUUCCGAGAUCCAAAGAGAUUUCCAGACCUGGCCGAUCCACUCCUCGGGCGAUUGUUCCCGGAGAAAGAUCUGAAUCAGGCCGUUGCCGUCACCGCCAUGUGUCUGCAAGAGGAAGCAGAAGUCCGUCCUCUGAUCGCCGACGUCAUGACGGCUCUCAGUUUUCUUUCCACAGUUCCAGACGAGAAUCUCACUCCACUCCCUUAUCCACCGGAACCCGAGCCUGAGGAGGAGGAGGAGGAGGAUGAUGCAGGCGACGAUUACUCUUCAGAAUCUUCGGAUUCCGAUACCGAAUCUCGAAAAAUCGGAAAAGGAGACAAAGACGGCGCAUCUGCAAAUUUCACAAGCGCAAGAAACCACGACUCAGAUACCUCAGAUGAUGAAGAUGAACAAAAAGACAAUUCCAGCAAGAAGAAACCUAAAAACAAAGACUCUGAACAGAAACGAGUGGUGUUCAAAGACGACGUACAGCCAAAUCACAGCAGAAAAAACAGCUCCUCAUCGAGCGAUGGAGGCUCUUCACCUAGAAGCAGCAACGCAUCAGAAAAUAGAAGAAACGACAGCAGAGAUUCAUCUUUCAAACUGCAAAAAGAAGCUUCGGAUAUUGUAAAUAGUACCGAUUCUACAUUAGAGCAUAAGAGCAGUAGGGAAUCGAAAUCUGGCGAAGGUCAAAACAACUACAGCAGCGAUUCCGACGGCGGCUCUAAACAUGACGGCAAAGAUUGA